AUGAGCAAGACCUAUACAAUUGUCAUCAAGCUGGGCUCAUCGUCCCUGGUGGACGAAGAAACCCGGGAGCCCAAGCUGUCGAUCAUGUCGCUCAUAGUAGAGACUGUGGUUAUGCUGAAGCGUGCUGGUCAUAAGGUGAUUAUCGUCUCAAGCGGUGGUAUCGCUGUCGGUUUGAAGACAAUGAACUUGACCAAGAGACCAAAGCGACUAGCGGAAGUGCAGGCAAUUGCUGCCGUGGGACAAGGUAGGCUAAUUGGCCGCUGGGAUGGUCUUUUCGCUGAGUUUGACCAGCGAAUUGCGCAGAUCUUGAUCACUAGAAAUGACAUCGCAGAUUGGUCGCAAUACAAGAAUGCUCAGAACACUAUGAAUGAACUGCUCAGAAUGGGUGUUGUGCCAAUUGUGAAUGAGAAUGAUACCUUAUCGGUCAGCGAGAUCAAGUUUGGCGAUAACGAUACCUUAUCUGCGGUUACCGCGGCUCUCAUCGGUGCCGAUUACCUCUUUUUACUGACGGACGUUGAUUGUCUUUACACGGAUAAUCCAAGGACCAAUCCUCAGGCCACGAGUAUCUUGGUCGUGCCAGACCUAUCCAAAGGAUUGCCUGGGGUGAACACCUCGAGCGGGUCCGGAUCAGAGGUCGGUACCGGUGGAAUGCAAACAAAACUUAUAGCGGCUGAUCUUGCGACAAAUGCGGGUGUCCAUACAGUUAUUAUGAAGAGCCAUGCACCGGCGAACAUAAUCAAAGUGGUUGAUUACAUACAGUCGCUUGACAUCGACGGCGACAAGCCAGUGUACACUGACGACCUGGAAUCACUACAAAAAGAGGAGCUCAAGAAAUUACAGGAACUGCAUGUGCCCCUACACACAAAAUUUAUCGCCAACGACAAUCAACGUCAUUUGAACAACCGGGAAUUCUGGAUGCUUCAUGGUCUAAUAACCAAUGGUGCAAUAAUUAUUGAUGAAGGCGCGUACGCAGCUUUAACGCGUAAGGACAAAGCUGGUCUUCUGCCAGCAGGAGUCAUUGACGUCGAAGGUUCCUUCCACGAGUUAGAGUGUGUUGACUUAAAGACCGGAAAACGAUUGCCUAAUGGCGAGUUGGAUGCUAGCGUACCUUUGGUCACCGUUGGCAGAGCCAGGUCGAACUACACAAGUGCGGAAGUGAAGAGAAUCAGGGGCUUGCAAAGUGAUCAAAUUGAGGAGAUUGUCGGCUAUGCAGGCAGCGAAUACGUUGCGCAUAGACAAAACUUGGCAUUUCCACCUCAUUAA